AUGGACGAUAUACAGACAGAACAAACCCAGACCAGCCCGACCAUAGAACCAAUCCGCUUCCGCGCCGGCAAAAAGAGAAAGGCCUACCGACAAAAAGCGCCAGCAGCAGAAGAAGCAGAACAUGGAAACGACGGUGUAGCGACGGCGAUUUCGCCCACGCCAGUAGUGCCGUCGUCGAACUUGAACGUCGAUACUGGGCGAGAUGCAGACGAUACAGGCGCAGAGGCACAGAACCCUACACAAGGAGAUUCCGAGAGAGAAGAAGAUGAUGACGACAACAACCACACAACGGAAGAAUCAGCCGUCGCGGCAGCUCUGCGCCUUCGCAACGCUCGCCGCGCAGCAUCUCGUCGAGGAGGCGUGGGAUUCCGAUCAGAAGGCCGAUCAGCGCCCGGCGAAGAAGACGACUCGGAAAACGCUCUGGUGCUGAGAGAUCAGGAUAAAGAAGCUGUAGCGGCGCACGAUCGCAUCGUGGGCGGCAUCACGAACCGCUUUAUGCACCAGACGGGCCUCCUUACCAUUUUGGACGACUCACACAUGAAUGCAUACAUAGAGUCCCGUUUAGCUAGUCGCAACGCCGCCAACGUCCCCCAAGGCGGCGCAUCAUCAUCAAACUCACAGCUCCCCCCUCAUGCUUCCGCGCAAUUCCAAAACGACAAUGGGAACCCAGCGGACAAGUACCGCGACCAACCCACCCGCCACGGCAAGCUCGUCGAAGUCGACACCACGAACCUCGGCAAUCACCAGAUGAACAACGACAGCAAGCGACGUCGCGUCGACACAGACACUGCCAAACCCGCUCCUCAGCGCCGAGGGCGCAACCGCCGCAACAGCGAAGACAUUGCGCGCGACGCCAUGGUCGAGCAAUUCCUCUCCGAGAACCGACUCGACGUCUACGAAGUCCCCAAAACACAUUCCACAUCAACAGCAGCCGCCGCAUCCUCCUCCUCAUACGUCCCCGGCGCAGACCCCUCUGCCGACGACCGCCUCGCCGAACAGUUCCGGCAGCAAUACUACGACGAAAUGGCCCUACGCCGCAAGAGGAAGCGCCCCGCGCCGACGCAGCAGCAGAAGCAGCAGCAGCAGUCGGCGGAUGUGCUCAAGGGGCCCAAGCUUGGUGGUAGUCGGAACCAGAGAGCUGCUGUGAGAAACAUACUUUUGCAGCAGGAGAAGGAUAAAAAGGGCAAAUGA